UAAUUAUUUUGGCGAGUGGCCAAAUGUGUAACUUCAACAUAUGUCAAUUGAAAGGCAUCGGCCUAAUGGGCCGUUAGGUAAGAGGGUAGUUGAAUGAGCUCCUAUGCUGGGUCACUCUAAUCUUCCUCUGUGUCCAAAUUGAACAUAACAAAGUCCAUGAAACUCCGGCAUCCCUGCUACCGGCUCCGGCAUCCCUGCUACCGGCUCCGGCGGACAUUCCGGCAGCAGUUCCGAUGCUUCGGCACCAAAUACAGCGGCAGAGUGGUAGUCGAAGCCGAAGAUGGCCGUUCCUUCGCCGUCGAAGUCGAUGCUCCAACUCUCCAAGCAGACUCCAGAGGCUAUGCUCUCCCCCGCCGUGACCUAAUCUGUAAAAUCUCCCAAAUUCUAAAAUCACCUCCGUCCCCUUCAUCCGAUCCAUUCCUUGACCUAUCCGACUACCUGGACACAUUAACCUUAACUCUAACUCCCUCGGAAGCUUCCGAAAUCCUCAAAAACCUCAAAUCCCCAACCUUAGCUCUUCGUUUCUUCCGAUUUUGCCCCUCUGAAAUCCCUAAAUUUCGCCAUGACUGUUUCACUUACAACCGUAUACUUCUCAUCCUCUCCAAGUCUUCUCUACCGAACCGGCUCGAUUGCGUACGCGAAAUUAUCGAUGAAAUGGAACGGUCUGGUAUAAGUGGAAACAUCUCCACCGUUAAUCUUCUCAUUGGAAUAUUCGGAGACGGCCAACAAGGGAAUGGACUUAAUGAGCUGACCAGGUGUUUGGAGUUGGUUAAAAAAUGGGAUUUGAGGUUGAAUUGUUACAGUUAUAAGUGUAUGUUACAAGCUUAUAUUAGAUUGAGCAAUUCAGAUAAGGCUUUAGAAGUUUACCAAGAAAUGAGGAGGCGUGGCUAUAGAUUGGAUAUAUUUGCGUACAACAUGCUUCUUGAUGCUCUUGCUAGGGACCAAAAGGUUGAUCAGGCCUACAAGGUUUUUGAGGACAUGAAGAAGUGGCACUGCGAACCAGAUGAAUAUACAUAUACCAUUCUGAUCAGAAUGACUGGGAAAUUAGGGAAGCCUGGCGAAUCACUGUCUUUCUUUCAGGAAAUGCUGUCGAAGGGCAUAUCACCGAAUUUAAUGGCUUAUAAUACUAUGAUCGAAGCUCUUGCCAAAGGCCGAAUGGUUGAUAAGACUAUCUUUGUCUUCUCUAAGAUGGUGGGGAAUAGUUGCCGUCCAAAUGAAUUUACCUACAGUAUUAUUUUAAAUGUAUUGGCUGCAGAAGGGCAACUUGGAAGACUUGAUGAAGUUGUGGAAAUAUCUAAGAGAUACAUGAAUAAACCAAUAUAUGCAUAUCUUGUUAGAACAUUGAGUAAACUAGGCCAUGCAAACGAAGCUCACAGGCUCUUUUGCAAUAUGUGGAGCUUCCAUGAUGGAGGAGAUCGUGAUGCUUUCUUAUCCAUGUUAGAGAGCUUAUGCAACAGUAAGAAAGUAACUGAGGCUAUUGACUUGCUGAAUAAGAUGAAUGAAAAGGGAGUAAAAACAGAUACCUUCAUGUAUAAUACUGUGUGCGCUGCUAUUGGGAAAUUAAAGCAGAUUUCUCAUCUUCAUGAUCUCUAUGAGAAGAUGAAACUGGAUGGCCCUUCACCAGACAUAUUUACUUAUAACAUUUUGAUCUCUAGCUUUGGUAGAGCAGGACAGGUUGAGGAAGCUCUCAAGAUUUUUGAAGAACUUGAGAAUAGCAAUUGUAAACCUGAUAUUGUCUCCUAUAACUCCUUAAUAAAUUGUCUGGGGAAGAAUGGUGACAUUGAUGAAGCGCACGUGAAAUUCAUUGAGAUGCAGGAAAAGGGCUUGAAUCCUGAUGUUGUAACAUAUAGUACUCUCAUUGAAUGCUUUGGGAAGACAGAAAAAGUUGAGAUGGCAUAUCGCCUCUUUGAUGAAAUGCUUGCAGCUGGUUGUUAUCCUAACAUAGUGACAUACAAUAUCCUACUUGACUGUCUGGAGAGAAGUGGGAGAACUUCAGAAGCUGUUAGUUUAUAUGCAAAAUUGAAAGAACAGGGUUUGACAGCUGAUUCAAUCACAUAUACCAUCCUUGAACGUUUACAAAGCGGUUCACAUAGAACAACUAGAGUUCGCAGACAACAUCCAAUCACCGGUUGGGUGGUUAGCCCAUUAAGGUGAUAGGAAACAGGGACGGGAUUAAGCUACUCAUGGUUGUACGCUUUAAUGAUUUACCGCUCAGUUGUGCUAUCUCCUAGACCAAAGCAUGGUGCUAAAGCGACAUUAAAUUGAAUUUAUAUCGAGGACAAGUUGGCAUUUAUAACUCUGAUGAUUAUGAAUUAAGCUGCUGCCUUGAAGACCGAUCAGCUGUAGAAGACAUGAAUCUUUUGUAUGUGGAAGUAGUUCCAAAUCUGAUCUUUUGGUCUGUAUAUUGGUGCAUAUUUACAAAAUGCACCUUGGUGAAAUGGUUACUUCUACAGUUAUUUUAAUGUUCAAAAUUCUCUUUGGCUGUGGAAACCAUUCUAGAUGAAACAUAUAGAUGCCUUGCUUUAGAGAUUUGAGUGUGGAAGCAUGAUAUUGUACUAACCAUCUGUGUUGACAGUUUGGGUGAAAAGUGAAUAGAAGACAGUAAGAAGUUGGGCCAA